CAGAUCGUCAUUUUCUACACGUGUAAAUAUGAAUAAUCCUUUUUUUUUUAAUUUUUAAUAAAAAUAAACUAAAACAAAAUAAUCAAGUUAACUAGCAACCACUUUCUUAGUAACGUCAAUACAAACAUUUUAAACGUCAAUAUGGCGGAAGAGAUUGAGGUUAUUCUCGCGAAAUAUUCAACCCAAGAAUCAAGUAUAAAUGAGAGAUUAAUCAAAAAAAAAGAAGAGAAAAUUCAAAAACAUAGCGAGUUUAAAAAGGAGAGGCGAGAAAAACGCGAGAAAAACAUGGAAAUUGCCACUUUAAGAAACAAAGAGAUUAUUCAGAAUUUAGAAGCAACUAAAGGAUACUUACGAUCAAAAUCGAUUUUUAGCCCUUCCGAAAUGGUUUUCACCGACAUCUGUCGGCGAUACAAAGAAUCGCCGUCAUUACAGGUUUCUACAUGGCGCUGUAAUUUACGAACAUUUGUAUAAUGUAAUAUGAGAUAAUAACUUAAUCAUUUAACAUCAAACAUUUAUUGUUAUAAGAAUUUUUUAAAUCAAUAAAAAUUCAAAAUUAUCACAGCAA